AUGUUGGCGUGUAAGUUACUUGCUGAAGGUCAAACCCUGGCCUUGAGAAGAACGCGGGCCAACGUUCCUAUAAUUCGCGAGCUCCCGCUUGUUCCUGAAAGGAACGCUGAGGCCACUGACAGUGAGGAGCCAGAAGAGGACGAGGUACGCCUUGUGCGAAAGAGUGAGGCGAUGGCACAACAAGGGGAACCUGACAUCUUCUUGAUGUUCCAGGAAGGGAGAUCCAGCGAGGGUCCCCUUGUGAAGAAACUUCGGCCCACGUCAAAGAAAACACCUCCUCCGGCCGCAACUGCCUCCAAAUCCCCGGCCAAGGGGAAAGGCUCGGGCUCAGGAGCUCCGCCGGCUGCAGCCCCAGAGAAAAGGGGUCCGCCUGCACCCCCUCCUCGCUUUCCCCCAGCCCCUGCUCGGGACUCGGUAGCGCCAGUUGGUCCCCCAACUUCGGUAGUCCACGCCGCCACAGUUCGCAUCCCUGUCAACACCCAAGACCUAAAGCAAAUUCCAGACACUUUUCAGGGGACUGUCUAUGAGAUGGAAAACUACGCGGUGGAGCACUAUUAUAAGGCCAAGCCCAACAACCUAAGGGUGAUCGAGGAGAGGAGCCCGGAGAACAUUAUGGAAUCGACCCUAGGAAUGAACCUCACAGCGGCCUUGGCUUAA